CACCCUCGACCCUUCGUCUUCUAGUUCCCUCUAAUUCCUAUUAACCUCCCUUGGUCCUCACCCCCUCUUCUCUCUCUGUGUCUCUGCGAGGCAUCCCAAGAUUCCAUCAGAGGAUCGAAUCCUGUGGCUCGGCUUCCUUGAAAUCUAGGGUUUUCUCGAUUCUCCUCUUCCCCUUCUGUCUCAAUUAUUCUUCUAAGUCGACGACUCUCGGAGAUCCGAGGUAUGCGAAAAUAGGAUCUUGACGAAAUUAUUCAUUCGAUCUUUUACGAUUUUGCUGUUUUUCUCUAGACUCUCAAUCUAAGGUUUCGGGAUUAUUACGAGAACGACUUCUGCUCUUUUUUGAAUAGGGAGCGGAUUGGGGUUUCUACGUUGUUGAUUUUUCGAGUAAAAUUCGAUUUUAUUAUCGCCCUUCAAUUGGGGUCUGAUCGGGUUUUUUUUUUCUUUUCAAUUGGGGCCUGAUCGGGUUUUUUCUUUCCUUGGUAUGGAUUGGGUUUGUUAGUUACCAAGGUGGUUAGAGUUUUGUUGUUUGUUUUAUUAUUUCUUGAUUGACCGAGAGAGCUAGGGUUUUUAUUUUUUGCUUCAUUAGUGCUCUUCUAAUCCGUUCUUAAAGAAUGCAGCUUAUUUUCAUUCCCAAAUAUAGCUUAUUUCUAUUGUCUGCACCACGAGAAACCGACCAUGGAGAAAGGAGUUGGAUCUGACCUCUUUGUAAACGAUGGUUCUUUUAUGGAAAAGUUUAAGCAACUCCAGCAAGAAAAGCAAGAAAACGCGGAAGCUGAGAAGCCUAAAUCUAGUACUCCGGCUGGCUCUUCUGUUUUUGUGAAGCCAGCCGUUUUAGGGAACAAGAGGACAUUGGAUAUGAAGACGAAGACCAACCCUCCUGUAUCUGGUGGAAAGUUUGCCUUCAGCUUGAAACAGAAGUCCAAGAUUGCGGUGGCCCCUGUAAAAUUUGUUGCUGAUGAAGAGGAGGAAGGAGAGGAUGUAGAGGCUGGAUCUAAUGACGAGCCAGCAAAGCGGCAGAAAUUCAGUCAAGAGGAUGCCUCUAAGCCAUCAUCACAUCAGGGGGAUGUUGGUAAUUGCUCCACCAUCUCCCCAAGUGAUCCUGCAGUGAGGAAAGUUGCUGACAAAUUGGCAAGUUUUGUCGCAAAAAAUGGUAGGCAGUUUGAGCACAUCACGUGUCAAAGAAAUCCUGGAGAUACUCCUUUCAAAUUUUUGUUUGAUUCAAGCUGUCCAGAUUAUAAAUACUACGAGUAUCGGCUUCUUGAGGAGGAAAAGGCACUUGCGCUGUCAAAGGAUUCUCAGGCAUCACAAGCUGCUAAUGCAAGUGCUUCAACUUCUAGAACAUCAAGUGGUUCUCAAAGGAGCAACUCCCAACAACAUUCUAAUUACCAAACUCCUGCUUUGGCGUUAUAUGGGACUUAUGAGGAGCCUGCAUCUGCAGGAAGAGCCUCCACUAAUGGUGAUUCCAGUGGACCUUCAGGUGCAGAUCCUAUAGCAAUGAUGGAAUAUUACAUGAAGAAAGCUGCACAAGAAGAACAAAAGAGGCAACCUAAGCAGUCAAAAGAUGAAAUGCCACCACCUGCCUCUCUACAAGCUCCUGUCAAGAAGGGCCAUCACAUGGGUGACUACAUUCCACCGGAAGAGCUGGAGAAGUUUCUAGCUGCUUGCAAUGAUGCUGCUGCACAGAAAGCAGCUAGAGAGGCUGCAGAGAAGGCUAAAAUCCAGGCUGACAAUAUUGGACACAAGCUUUUAUCUAAAAUGGGCUGGAAGGAAGGGGAGGGGCUUGGCAGUGAUAAGAGCGGCCGUGCAGAUCCUGUGAUGGCAGGAAAUGUCAAGUUGGAUAACUUGGGUGUUGGUGCACAUCAACCUGGUGAGGUCACACCAGAGGAUGACAUCUAUGAGCAGUACAAGAAGCGGAUGAUGCUUGGUUACCGUUAUAGGCCAAACCCACUGAACAAUCCCCGGAAAGCAUAUUACUAAGGAGAACACCUGUGGCCUGGUCAAGCUGUUUGUGAUUCGAUGCUUGAUCUUUUCAUCUUGCAGAAAAAAUUGUGGGUUUGUGAUUCCAAUAUUCGUUGUAAGAAAAUUAGGAGUUAGAGGAUUGUUCAGAUAUUGUGAUUAGUCAGAGUAUAUGUUGUGUACCGAGCAUGCAGUGGUUUUGAACUAGCAGAAAGGGGAAAACAUAUAACUCAUUUAAUCUUAUUUGUUUCGUCUUCGUUUCCUCAAAUUUGACAUGUUUCAGUGUGCAUAAGUUCAAAA